AUGCCCAUCGACAUUGAAAGACAGCCUGGCGCGGCUGACCAUAAUGAAAUAACGCCAUUCAGUCCAGACAAUGCCGACAGUGUGCGAAAUACGCGCCUUUUCUCACCCAUCGAGGAGCGUGAGCAGCGAUGGCGUGAGCUUGAAUUGAGUCUCGACAUGUCACCCAUGGAUCCAGAGGCGCCUGUCUCGCACGACAAGUCCCACUCUGUUCCCUUAUCGCAUGUGACGCCGCCCUCUAUGGUUCAAAGCUCACUGCUCACAGACGACGAAUCGCCUGGCCGUUCAUUGACCGUGCCGCUCAACUCGUCUCCAUUGCAAGGGUCUGCUAUCAUAGCCCCAUACUCGGGCGAGAACCAGAGUCCAGCACCGCGCCGGCCUCCUGAUACAAAACCCCCUGCAGAUUUGAAUCCGUCUCUCAACUUACAAGGAAAUGCCUAUUUGCAUACAACCGGCCAGGCGACCUCUGUUCCACAGGCAUGGACCCAUGAUCUGUCGUCUCAACGCAUGCCUCCCUCGGCCACACACGUUGCUCCAGCGCCAGCAUUCGACACUCGAUUGCCCGAACCACACCGGAUCCCCCCUGACGUACCACUGUACGAUCCUGCACAGCUGUUUUGUACACAGUGCCAACGUGCGCGGCCUCCUCGAGCACAUCACUGUCGCAAAUGUGGCACGUGUGUUCUGCGGAUGGAUCACCACUGCCCGUGGAUCGGCGGCUGCGUCGGUGCACAUAAUUACCACUUGUACUUCAUGACCGUGCUAUGGGGCCUGAUUUUGUCUACAUACGUGAUCGUCAGUAUGGCACCACUCUUUUCCCGUGGCGUACUUUCGCAAGGAUCGUCGUCAUCAUGGAGAGAUGCCAUCCACCAUUGGAGUGUCGAUGGAUUCAUGAUCAGUGUUUUUGCAAUAAGCUUCUUUUUUUUCCUCUUCACCGGCUCUCUCGUAUCUGUGCAUAUCCAUAUGAGCGGCCACAACCUCACCUCGAUCGAGCAACGAGCCAUCAAUUCUCUCCGUACGCGUGAAGGCAUGGUGCAACGGCGCUACUUCUCUGAUGCGGGCCAAGGCGGCUCAUUAGGCCGUGGCCCUCUUGCGGCUUUUCGCCGACUUCGCGCUCGUCAGCGUAUGCGAAAAGCAUGGAAUGACGAGUGGGGGCAUCCGCUGCGCGAAGGAAACCCAUGGUGGAUCGGCAGUAUCGCUGAGUUUGAGUAUUCAGUAUCAUCUCCCAGCGCAUGUGAGCGGGAGCGGGAGCUCGAGAAGAAACUCGGCUUAACACGCUCUGAUGCCUAUGCACACACGCCUCAGAUAUAUGGCGCGUGUGCCUUAGCCACGCCUAUGACAACGUCCCGCUUACUCCGGCAGCGUCAGCAACACCAUCAGCCUGUUCCAUCGUUUUGGUUCGUUGGUCCACCGUACCUGCUGAACAUGCAGCUGAGUUUAGGGCCUCCCUAUUCAUGGCUCUUUCCAAUUUCGCGCCGAAGCCACACGGGCGUCCACUUUGCGCUGAAUCCACGUUACAGCCAGGACGGACUGUGGCGACCACGCUCACAAUGGCCCUCUAUCACAACUACAUCACCCUCUCGUACAUAG